AUGAAUGGGGUAAACGGGACGAACGGCGCCCACGUCCCAAAUGGAACGAAUGGGACAAACGGCCUGAAUGGCACCAACGGCACGAAUGGUACAAAUGUCACUGCGACCCAGUCCUUUGUCGGGGCCAUAGACCAAGGCACGACAAGCUCUCGGUUUCUGAUCUUCAACCAACGUGGCGAGGUUGUAGUGACCCACCAGAUUGAGUUCACUCAGAUCUACCCCGAGCCUGGAUGGCAUGAGCACGACCCUCAGGAGAUUGUCACCUCAGUUGAGGAAUGCAUCAACGGAGCCGUGCAGGCCUUUGAGGAGUUGGGCCACUCAGCUGCGGACAUCCAGGCCGUCGGCAUCACCAACCAGCGUGAGACGACUGUGGUCUGGGACAAGCACACAGGCGAGCCCCUGUACAACGCGAUAGUAUGGACAGACACUCGCGCCGCCGAGCUCAUGAGGGAACUGAAGCGCCGCCCUGGGACUGAUGAGGUCACCGCGCUGUGCGGCCUGCCGCUGUCGACGUACCCAUCGGUCGCCAAGCUCCUCUGGAUGCUGGAGAACGCCCCCAAGGUCAAGGAGGCCUACGAUGCCGGCAACCUUGCGUUCGGCACGGUCGACACCUGGCUCAUCUUCAAGCUGAACGGCGGGAUAGACAAGAACCUCCUCGUGACUGAUGCAUCGAAUGCCUCGCGGACCAUGUUCAUGAACCUGAAAACGCUGGAAUACGAUGAGUCUCUGCUCAGCUUCUUCCGCCUCGACCGCGAGAAGAUCUGUCUCCCGAAGAUUGUGCGCUCGUCCGAUGCAUCGGCGUAUGGACUACUCUGUUCGACCUCGCUCAAAGGGAGGCCGAUUACUGGAAACUUGGGUGACCAAUCCGCUGCGCUGGUUGGGCAGAAAGGUUUCACACCGGGGCUUGCCAAAAACACGUACGGAACUGGAUGUUUCCUCCUCUACAACGUCGGCCCUGAGCCCGUCCUCUCCACUCACGGUCUGCUAACAACAGUCGCCUUCGACUUCGGUCCGGAGUCGCGCAUGUAUGCACUUGAAGGGAGUAUCGCUGUGGCAGGCUCCAGUGUCAAAUUCCUCGUUGACAAUCUCAAAUUUGUCGACACGAGUAGGAAGAUUUCCGAGCUGGCCGAGUCCGUUCCGGACAACGGUGGCUGCACCUUUGUGACUGCGUUCAGUGGACUGUACGCGCCAUAUUGGUACGAUGAUGCUCGUGGGACUUUGUUCGGAAUCACGUCCUAUACGAACCAGGGUCACAUUGCCCGAGCCACCCUCGAGGCGACGUGCUUCCAGACCAAGGCGAUCCUGGAAGCCAUGGAGAAAGACAGUGGACACGCACUGACAGAACUGGCCGUCGACGGCGGAAUGUGUGAUUCAGACAUCACGAUGCAGACUCAGGCGGAUCUUAUUGGCAUCCCUGUUAAUAGACCAGCCAUGCGCGAGACCACAGCCUUGGGCGCAGCCAUCGCGGCCGGACUUGCGGUCGGGGUCUGGAAGAGCUUCGACGACCUCGCCAUGGUGAACACUGAGGGCAAAACAGUCUUCGGGCCAAAGAUGAAGAAGCAAGAGAGCGACAAGAUGUUUGGCCGGUGGCAGAAAGCAGUCGAGAUGAGCAAGGGGUGGUUGUGA